AUGGAUGCCGAGCAGCAGAGCUCUUCACUGGUGCCCUCUGCUCAGAACUCAGUAGAGCCUAUUAACUCUCAACUGAUCUUGGAGCCUUCCAUCUCUGAUUACCCAACAGAAAUCCUGAUCUCUGAGUUCUUCAUGGAUCUAAGUUUCUUCCCACUGAAUAUGAGAACGUACAGACUUUCUGACCAGGACCUCCUGCAGAAACCUGCAAAGCAGAAGGAAGCAAAAACAAAGCAUGAGGAGAGGGCGUCUACCUCCCAGCCAGCUCAGCCUGAACCCCAGUUGGGCAAGAAGCAGGAGAAAAAAGGUUUCCCAGAAAGUCCUGCUAAGCAGGCAGAAACGGUUGACAUGACUAAGGCACUGCACAGACAGAAGUUUUAUGCUCAGGAGAAACAUCUUUUUCACUGGGCUGAGAACACAUCCCUGAAUGCCAUCCAGUCAGGUCUCUACAUUGGCUGGCGCUGCCCCCAUUACCUCUGGGACUGUUUUCAAAUUGGGGAUGAAUCCAAGUGCUUUUGUGGUCAUUUAUUGAAAGAGCAUAAGAUCCUAUCAGAUAUAUCUGUGCCCUGCAGUGUUAGCCAGUGUCGCUGCCUCAUGUUCUGCUUCAUCCCCUCACGCCCAGAAGAAGUAGGUGAGUUCUGGCUCAGGAGACGAGCCUUCUUUGACCCCAAGGCCUGGAGAGCCCUAUGUCGCUGCAAACACAGUCAUGAAGAGCAUUUGGCCACUGGUGGACAUCCCUGCAGAGUCAAAGGCUGUUGCUGUGUUUGCUUUGAAUCUAAUUUCCUCUGUGCGGCCUGUGACCGACGCUGGGAGGAACAUGGAACAUUUUUUGAGACUGAGGAUACCCGGCGACGAGGAGGGAGGCCUCAUGGUGAGAAAUAA